GGUUUCGGUAACGGCUGCGGCAGCGCUCGUGGGGGGGUUUGGCGGGAGAGAGCGCGCUCGAGCCCGCGAGGUGCAGAGGGGGGGGGUUCCGUUACUGAGCUCGGCCCUUCCCCCACCUCUCCAGAGCCAGAGCCAGAGCCAGGCAGCCGCUUCCCCGGGGAGCUGAGUGAGGAGCCGACAUCGAGCCGGGCCGGCGGGGACACGGGAAGAGCUCCUGCUCCUGUUGUGGCAGUAAUUGGAGAUGGCAACUGGUGGUGAUCCUUUGUUUGAGGAAAGUAUUGAAGAUCAUAACUGCACUGUGAAUAAUGGAAGUCUGGAUGAUCAGCUUAAUAACCGGGAUUGGAGUCUUCAGUACAAGAAAGCUAACAGGUCAUCUGAGAAGAACAAGAAAAAGUUAAGUGCAGGAAGUGAAAGCCGACUUACAAAUGACAUCUCUCCUGAGUCCUCUCCAGGGGUUGGUCGACGAAGGGCUAAAACCCCCAAGAGUUAUCCUCCCACAAAGCAUGCGUCUCAUUUCUCUGUUGCAGACUCGGCAGAGCUUGAAAGGCUGAAACAGCGUAUAAAUUUCAGUGAUUUGGAUGAGCGGAGUAUUGGGAGUGAUUCUCAUGGCAGAGCCACAGCUGCAAACAACCAGCGUCCACCUGUUGAAAAUAGAAAGCCUUUCAACUUUCUCCAACAACAAAUUAACAGCAACAAAAGCAAGGAACUUGACAUCAAUCCACAAAGAAGUGAAACUAAGCUGUCUACAUCAAGGAUGGACUUGUUCGCAUCCAUCAGCAAAGAUUCGUUGCCCAGCGAUCAGAUCUCACUUGGAGAUGAUCAAGGAGAAUCUGAAAUAAAGAGUAGUCAGGUUGUGAGCAGGCUUAUCCAGAUUCGGGAUUAUAUCAGCAAAGCUCAUUCUAUGCGGGAUGACCUUAUGGAAAAAAAUGAAAGAUCUGCUAAUGUUGAACGCUUGUCUCAGCUGAUAGACCAUUUGAAAGAACAAGAAAAAUCCUACAUGAAAUUUUUACAGAAAAUGCUGGCUAGAGAGAAUGAGGAGGAUGAAGUUGGCACAACGGACUCUGCAGUGGGAUCUGGUUCUGUUGCUGAUAGUACAUCUCUAAAUCUUGAUGUUCAGUCUGAGGCAUCAGAUGCAACGGAGGCAUCUCGUAGUCUGAGUGUUCGGCCCUGCAUUGAGGACAAGCUAGGAAAUGCAGCCUCCCAAGCACAGGGCUCUUCAGUUACUUCAACUCCAAAAGGGGAAACUGACAGGCUUGGUCUGAAAGACAGGAGAGUCUGGCAUAGUGGGAUUAAUGGCAAGGAGCAUGGAAUUUCCUCCAAGGAAGAUGAUCAGCAUCGGAAUGCAAAAGAAGAAUUGGAAAAUUUGAAAAAGCAACAUGAACUUUUGAAAAGAAUGUUAGAACAACAAGAACAGUUAAAGACGCUUCAAGGAAGACAGGCAGCACUUCUGGCACUGCAGCAUAAAGCAGAACAGACUAUAGUUGGAAUGGAUGAAUCUGUUGUAACUGAGACAACUGGUAGUGUCUCAGGACUAAGCUUAACAUCCGAGCUCAAUGAAGAACUGAAUGAUUUGAUCCAGAGAUUCCACAACCAGCUCCAGAACUCCCAGUCAGUUCCUGACAACAGGAGGCAAGCAGAAAGUCUGUCACUGACACAAGAGGUUUCCAGGAGCAGAGGAUCCUCAACAUCAGACCACUUGUCAGAACAAAAAGUCCAGCUGGUUAAUAAGCUGAAAGUUUUGCAAGGCAAGAAGGAGAGAAUGGAUAAACUACUUGAUGAAUUGCAUAUACUCAGAGACCAGCAUGUUAACAAUAGUUCCAUUUCCUCCAGUGUUCCUGCUGUACCUUGCUCAUCUCACAAGAGUGAUCAAAGAAGUUGUCUUUCUGCACCAGCAGAAGUUGGCGCUGCCAUCAACAGGGAACCCAGUAGCUUGACCUCCUCAGCAUGCAUUUUGGAGUCACAGCAUGAGAAUGAUGCACAAGAUAAUUCUAAUCCUAGGAAGAAGUUAAAAAAACUCAAGGAAGUUCACAAGAGGCUAAAUGAAUUACGUGAAUUGAUUGAUUAUUAUCAGCAGACUUCUGACAUGAUGACUGAUGCAGUCAAUGAGCAUACAAACGAAGAUGAUAAUGAGACUGAGGAAGAAUCUUUGUAUUACUCUGACCAGGGGAAUCCAGAAACAGUCACAAACAUCAGAAACCCACAGAGGAGUAACUGGACAGAUAUCAAUGGCUCUUCCAGGAUUGUGGCACAAAAUAGAACCAGUUGCCGGAAUGGGAGACUUCUGAACACAGAAUGUGAAAUCAACAAUAGGCCAACAAAUCUACAAACUUCAAAGAUGCCACUUUCUUCAGAUGAACCUCGUGCGAGCUACGCCGAGUGUGCCCGUUACAAUGAUGAAAAGGGUGAAGAUAGGAAUGGUGUUACAGUGCAGGAACAAGAGAUCCAGAGGGAGUGUGCAAGUGAGGGCACCAUAUCGAGUCGAAGAAGUAGUUUUGUAGAAGAAACUGACCAGGAUUUUGAAAUACAACAGAAAAUUAACAGAUUAAAUGCUGCUAAACAAAAACUCAGACAAUUGCAGGAACUUGUCGCCAUGGUACAAGAAGUCCCAGAUGCAACUGAUAUUGAUAUUUCUAACUUUCCUGACUUCUCAUUAAUUGAGGAGGAUCAGCACAGACAGCAACCAAACAAUACGAGAACAAAUGUAUCAAGAAGUUCAAAGGAAGUGUCACUGGAUGAAGAAAAAAGAGAGAAGUUUUAUGAAGCAAAACUUCAGCAACAACAGCAAGAGUUGAAGCAAUUACAAGAAGAAAGAAAAAGGUUGAUGGAAAUUCAAGAGAAGAUUAGACAUCUGCAGAAAUCAUGCCCUGAUCUGCAGUUAUCAACAUCUUGUGCAGGAAACUUGUCAAAAAUAAAAGUUCCCAUCGUUACAUCAACCCCAGCAAUCAGUGGUCAGACUGCAACAGCAAAAGCUCUACCUGACCCAGUUGCGGCUCCACCCCCUGAUAGUGAGCUGUGGUCUGAGAUGCGCAGACAUCAAAUUCUCCGUGAAGAAUUGCGUCAAAGAAGAAAACAACUUGAAGCAUUGAUGGCAGAGCAUCAACGGCAAAAAACACUGACCGAAAACAACUCCAUUGUUGCUGCAUCGGUUAAAAGUGAAGGCACAGAGACACAGGAUACUCAGCAGCUCAGCAGAACUGAAAGGACCAUGGCUACUUGGGGUGGUUCUACCCAGGGUGCAUUAGAUGAUGAUGAGGAGGAGGAGGAUGAUGAAGAGGAAGAGAAUAACAAUGAUGCUGGUGACGAAGAAGAGAAUGAUGAACGAUCUGAUGCCAUUGCCAACUCAGAAGUUGAAACAAGCUCUCAUGAAACAUAUACAGUGUACCCCAAUCAAGAACGAAGCCAAGGAGCACGGAAUUCCAGAGAGAGCAAGAAAAGGUGGAAAGAUAAGCGAACAUGUUCCUCUGACGGGAACUAUCGUUCGUUCCACAAAAACAAACAACAUAAUGUUGGUAUGCGUCGUCAGGAAAAUCUGCGCUGGGCAGCUGAUCUUUCCUAUGUGGAGGAGAGAGAGCACUGGCAAGAACAAGUAAACCAACUCACCAGGCAAUUAGAAUUCAGCACAAAUAUGUGCCAAACCCUGAUGCAGGACCAGCAGGCACUUUCAUGUCUCUUGCAAACAUUCCUCACUGGUCCUUACAGUGUCAUGCCCAGUAAUGUUGGAUCACCACAGGUGCAUAUCAUUAUGCACCAAUUAAACCAAUGUUAUACGCAGCUGGCAUGGCAACAGAACCACGUGCAAAGGCUAAAACAAAUGCUGAAUGACCUUCUCCAUCAACAACAUCAAGAGAAGAAGCCAGAAAACCAACGAGACAGUGGUGUGCCACCUCCAUCUCCCAAUAGUUUUGUCUUCCCUCCAUAUAGCUUUCCUUCGCCACCUUUAAAUCCAUUAAGUAUGUCUCGAUUUCCAAAUUGUCCUCCUUUUGUUCAUGGUUUUAACCUUAACCCAGUAUUUCCUCCUGGGUUUAGUGAUCUGUCCCAAAAUGUCAGCGUUCAGAGCAAUGAACAACAACCAGUUGUAAGUGAGCACAGCAUUUCUGGAAAAACAGAGUAUUUGGCCUUCCCAAAGCCAUUUGAAAGUAAUUCUCCAAAAUACAGAGAGAACAAGUGGAUCCACAAACAGGCUAAAGAUGAGGCAGAGCAGAGUGAAUUAAUAUGGUUGCAUGAUACAAGAGAUGAAUUUGGGGAAUCGCCAAGACAAAUGCAACCACAUACAUCUCUUACACAGAUGAAAACGAACAAACCAAAGCAGCAAGUUCAAUGCAAAAAAAGGAAGAAUUUUGAAGAAUCUUCCCUCGAAAGUUUUAGUAGUAUGCCAGAUCCAGUUGAUCCUACUACUGUAACAAAAACGUUUAAAUCUAGGAAAGCCUCUGCACAGGCUAGCCUUGCUUCCAAGGAUAAAACUCCAAAGGGAAAAUGUAAAAAGACUCACUUUCACCAGAAAAACCAGCAGGAAAUUGCUGCAGGUUUUGAAUCUGCAAGUAAUGCUAGUGCUAGUGAAAGUUGUCAAGGAAAGGUCUGCCACUCCACACAAACAGAAGAAUUUUUGAAACCUCGAACUUGCAGCACAACCAAAGAUGAAUUAGAGGAAAAAUCCAAACGAAAAAAUUCAAGCGACCUCUCUUCUGAAUAUGCUAAGGGAGUUUUGUUGGAAUCUAACAGAAACGCAUGCAGUGAAGCACCAGAAACAGGCAGUGACUUCUCCCUCUUUGAAGCUCUGCGUGAUAAUAUCUAUUCUGAAGUGGCAACUUUAAUAUCUCAGAAUGAAUCGCGACCCCAUUUUCUGAUUGAACUUUUCCAUGAGCUUCAGUUGCUUAACACAGACUACCUUCGACAGCGAGCUCUUUAUGCUUUACAGGAUAUAGUUACAAGACAUCUUUCAGAUAAGAGCUAUAAAGAAGGGAAGCACACUUUAUCACAGAAUUCAGCGGUAUGGAUGACAUGUAAUUCAGAACUGACUCCGAGUGAAAGCCUAGCUACAAGUGAUGAUGAGGAUGUCUGUGGAAAAGCUACUGACCAUCAAGCCAAGAUAGAUCUUCAGCAGCAUGAAGAUGCAGAAUAUAUAGAAUCCUUAAAAAAUGCCAGCAUGUUGUCGUCUUCUUCCAAUUUAGAACCCUUUGCUAAUGAUGAUCUAGGUAAUACUGUCAUUCACUUAGACAAGGCCUUGUCUAGGAUGAGAGAGUAUGAACACAUGAAAUUUGAAAAUAACCAGAUUGAUGUCUGUACCAGUGCCAUUGAAUGUGUUGAAGAUGGGUAUAACGCUGGAAAUAGCUGUACAGCAGAUAGUGUUCCUGAUGCUUCUAUUGUUACUUGCCCUCGCGUAGACACACAACAACUGGACAAGCAAAUAAAGGCCAUCAUGGCAGAAGUAAUCCCCUUUCUGAAGGAACAUAUGGAUGAUGUGUGCUCCCCACAGUUACUAACUACUAUUGGACGUAUGGUCUUGGCCCUCACACAACAGAAUGAUGAAAGUAAGGAGUUUGUCAAGUUCUUCCAUGAUCAACUUGGUGCCAUACUUCAGGAUUCACUGGCAAAGUUUGCUGGUAGAAAACUCAAGGAAUGUGGGGAGGAUUUGCUGGUGGAAAUCUCAGAGAUUUUGUUUAAUGAACUUGCAUUCUUCAGACUUAUGCAAGAUUUGGAUAACAGCAGUGUGGCAGCAAAGCAGAGAUGCAAAAGACUAAAGGAAGUUGCAUCUUUUAAACAACGUUAUACAACUGAGGAGAAACAGCAUUUCAAAGAGAAUGGUUCCUCUGCAGAGGAGCUUGAAGAUGAAGACAAAGAUAAGGAUGAAAGUGAAACAACAAAUGCAGAUGGUCUCAAAGUAAAUGAGUCAACUGAAGCUGAGCUCUUAUUGAAAAGUGCUUUGUCUGACAGAGAGGAGGAUGAUGUCGACAGUGAAUUACUGCCUGCAAAAUGUGUCUCUAUAAGUCUGUCCAAGGCUGAAACUCAGGCCCUUACUAAUUAUGGCAGUGGGGAGGAUGAGAAUGAAGAAGACGAAAUAGAGGAUUUUGACGCUGGAACUAUUGAUGUCCAAACGUCACUUCAAGCCAACAAUGAAAUUGCUGAUGAAAAUGAUCCUGAACAGGAUGCUCGUCCUGAACCCAAUAAGGAUGAUGUGAUUAGUCAAUCCAUGAAAACAAACUUACCUAUGGUUGCAGAAAAUGAAAGUAACUCAAAUCCUGAUCUUCCUACUGAGUCUUUCCAAAAUAAUCUGUUUGAUGUAGCUAAUGAAGGCAACAAAAGUCCAAAGUCAUCAUUGCCUUUUUGUGAAAAUGCAAAUGCUGGAACAGCAAUACAAAUGGAACGAGAAAAUGACCUGCAAGGAACACCAGAAAGCUCACUGACUGGCAGUCCUGACACAGAUUCCCCUGUGUUAGUGAAUGAUUUUCAGGAAGCUGGAUCUGGCAAUCUGAGCCAGAAAUCAGAUGAAGAUGACUUUGUUAAAGUGGAAAACUUGCCUCCAAGUCUUUCAGUCCUCUCUGAGGAUGAAUUGGUUAGGAGAAUUUCUGAGGAAGAGCAGCAUAACAAUUUGGCUUGUGUUCUUCUGAACGCAGAUGGAGCACAAGAACUUGCAGGCAACCCAGAUACUCUAAAAGAACCAGAAAACGGUGGAGCCCGAAGUGCAUGAAUGAAUAUUUAUUGAUCUUCAUCACUGUAAUGUUUGGUUUGAAUACAUUAAUUAAAAUGUAAUCCUUGUUUACGGCUAAAAACAUUUUCUUUUAAUUAGCCUUCUGCUAGAAUUGUUGUUCCCUUAUUUAGUUAAGACUGACCAGUAUUUCCUGCUCCAUAAGUUACAAUGCAUCAAUACUUUAAAUAAUUUUGUUUUUAAAUAGUCUAGCUUCAAGUUUUACAAGUGAAAUGACACACAACCCUGUUUUAUAUUAAAAUAAAUCCACUUUUAUAAUUAAAGUCUAUAGUCCCAACACUACUAUAUUUUGACAUUUGGAAGAUGGUGAAUGUGAUAUGUUCAUGAGAGUUUCCUCAGUCCAUUUUACCUAGAUUGGAUAACUCCAUCUGCUGUUUCAUAUGUUGUUGUUCUUUAAAUAGCACCAAUUUCGACCUAUUUUUCAAGAGAUUUUAUUGGGGAGCAAUUUUUGGGACUCUCUACGAUGUUUGCAAGCAUUUUUGUUAUGGAUAACGUUUCCCCAUAUGCAGUUCAUAGGAAUCUGCUAUUAUCUUCUGACAUAACGUUCACUUUGCAAACAAUAAGGUAACCUCAAUAUAUCUGCUGUGUUCAAUGCAGCAUUUUGGCACAGAUGAUCUCAUUCUUCAUUAGCUGGAUUCACCAGUCGUAGUUAAACUGUUCCAAUAGACUUGUGCUGCUGUCUUUUCAGUAGAGCCUCUUCUCAUCUACCAAACACACCCGUAAAUCUGAAAUGUGAUAAUGAAUGUUGGAUAUAUAAGUAACUUGUCCUACUUUUGUUAACAUUGCAACUCACUUGCAAAUUAGAAAGAGCCACAGUAUUGAUGUGUUGCAGGAAAAAGUGAGUUGUAUUGGUCUUAACACUGAAUUACUGAUCUCAAAUCUGUGUUUUUUUUCUGCUUUCAUAUUCUAGUGUAGAAUUAUGUACAAACACAGUGUAAGAUUGAUAUUUUCAAGAACUAAGGAAAUUGAUUUGUUAUUUUAAAGUGCUGUCAUCUGCUAAAAUUCUCUGAAACGUUUGGUUAAAACUGCUUACUAUUUUUAUACAUAUAUUCAAGUGAGUCAUUGGAUGCCACUCAACUGAAUCUAAUUGCAAGUGAGCAAUGACUAUUAAUUUAAAACUUCAGUGUCAAAAGCAAGAUCUGAAUUAGUUCCAAAACUUCCAAGGUGGUGUCACAAUGGAAAACUGCAUAUUCUAUUUAGUUCAAGAGCUGAGAUGCCAUCCAGAUUUAAGCAAUUGUAUCAUUCGCAUGCAUACAAGUUUUGUGUGAUUUAUUUUCAUUUUCAUAAGCCCUAAUAGCAUACAAGGACAUAUUCAUUUUACAUGCAUAUAAUACUAACACAGUGCUAUUUUAAGAACAUCAUUGCAGUUGAUGUUUUCCCAGGUCUUAGUAAAACAAGUCAGGCCUUGAUAACAGGCUGUACUGUGCUUUUCUUGAAGAUUUUGAGAUGUUUUUACUUUAUUAGAGCCUAAAAUAAAGUGUGCAUAAAAUUGUCAGUCUGUAGUAUGAUCUGUCUAGAAGUUAAUAUAAUUUACUGGAACUAUUGCUUUUGUAAAUUGGGUAAAAGCAUGUUAAGUGGAAAUAUUACAAAUUAUUCAAACAAGCAAAUAUUUCAUCCCUCAUUACAAUCAUUCUUAAACCUUUUGAUUUCUAAAUUUCUUACAAGAGUGAUUUUAACAAUAUGUUGCUGUCUGCAGCAUGCUACUACACUAGACACAAAGAAGGAGUUGAUUUACUUUUCUGCAAAUGCCUGAGGGCAGUUAGAAGUGAUUCCUACAGAAAAAGACUUUUGUGAAAUUGAAUACAGAUUUGUCUUUGACACUAUUUAGACGAGGUGCACUGUUUCAGCUAGUGGCAGCACAAACCACUUUUUGAAGAAUUAGACAUGCUAAGUUACCUUUCAACGCUUUUCAUUUUUGCAUCUUAAAUGUUUUGAUGGUUUGUGCAUUUAAAUUUAGAUUUUUUGACAGGCAUGUUGCUGUGUUGUGUAAUCAGUCUUUAACCUCCAUUUUAUAUGUAUGAUUUUAAAAUGUUUACUAUGCAAUUUCAAAAUAAAGUAACAUCCUUUGUGUUUGUCAUUACUGA